ACUUUCCUCUUCCCCAUGGUGACAUCAUGGCAAAUUCCCAAAGUGGAUAUCACCGGGUCGGGUGACAUCCAGCUGGGCCCAGCCGGCCUGGGCCAGCCCGGGAUUCCUCAGUGCCAGCUAGAAGGACUGGGUACGGCACCCUGCUUGGCCAUCGCCCUGGGGGCGUGGUUCUGCUCCGCUAGCCCUUUGCGCGGACUGUGCCCUCGGCAGACCCGCGGACCAACAGGGUAGGGCUAGGGCCAGGAUUCUCUGGGCCAAGGAUCAAGGUCCCUGGCUGGGGUAGGCCCCCAAGAACUCCAGUCUUCCUAACCCGGCAUCUGAAGAGGGCGCACUAGAGCCUCCGGAGAGAGCCGGACACCAAGCCACCCCCGACUGGAGGUGGGACCUAUCGUGUUCCCGCCCUGGGAGGAGUUAUCUGGACGUGAGACCGCCCUAAACACUGAAGCCUCUCGGAAACAAUCGUUCGGGGCGGAAGUUAAGAAGCCCCGAGAGCUAGGCGGCGGAAGUGGCCUCGUUAAUGCUGGUCUGUGCGCAUGCGUCCUUCUAUUUCUUUGCUGCCGCUCUUCAGGCGCUGCCUUUUCCUCUCUCCUUUUUCUCCACGCGGGGCCGUGCCCUGCUCCGUAGUCUUCGUCACGCGCUCAGCACCUCUGCUUCUCUCGUGGCCCCCUCACCAUGGCGGGCAUUCUGUUCGAGGAUAUUUUUGAUGUGAAAGACAUUGACCCAGAGGGCAAGAAGUUUGACCGAGUGUCUCGAUUGCAUUGUGAGAGUGAAUCUUUCAAGAUGGACCUCAUCUUAGAUGUAAACAUUCAGAUUUAUCCUGUUGACCUGGGUGACAAGUUCCGGUUGGUGAUAGCCAGUACUUUGUAUGAAGAUGGUACCCUGGAUGAUGGUGAAUACAACCCCACGGAUGAUAGGCCUUCCAGGGCUGACCAAUUUGAAUAUGUAAUGUAUGGGAAAGUGUACAGGAUUGAGGGAGAUGAAACUUCUACUGAGGCAGCAACACGCCUCUCUGCCUAUGUGUCCUAUGGUGGCCUGCUCAUGAGGCUGCAGGGUGAUGCCAACAACCUGCAUGGAUUUGAAGUGGAUUCCAGAGUUUAUCUGCUGAUGAAGAAACUGGCCUUCUGAACUACCCAGGAAACCUACCUGGUUGCUUAGUCACUCAGGUCAUGGACAUUAAUUCAAGCCUGAGUAGCAGUUGCUGUUGGUCACCUGUUCGGGAGGGCUGGCUCUGUGUCACUGUGCGUGUAUCUUUAGGAGGUUUGGACUCAGUGGGAAACACCUGUUUGUGAAAGACCCAGUGUUUUGGCAAGCUUAAAAUGAAUCAGAAAUUG